AUGGAGGUGAUACCCCAGUAUGACCUGUCCAGACUGCCAGAAAACACAGCACUGAAGCAGCAAACAUUGCCCACCCAGCAGCUAAAUCUAUCUGCCUCGGUGGUCCUCUCUAUCUUUUUCACCACAGGAGGAUUCUGCCUCUCUAUGGGCAUCAUCCUUCUGAUUUCUGCAAAGAGCACCAAGGAAAUUGAGAUAAAUUACACGAACACAUGUGCAAAUUGCGCUCAGCUACGGGAAAAUAGUUCUAAUUUUGACAAAGCAUGCAACUGUUCUCUUCCCUUUUAUCUUCCGGAGAAAAUGGAGGGUGAUGUUUAUAUGUACUACAAAUUGUAUGGUUUCUAUCAGAAUCUUUAUCGAUAUAUUUUAUCAAGAAGCAAUAUCCAAUUGGCCGGUAAGGAUAUUUGGGAUACUACGUACUGUUCUCCAUUCCAAGUGUCCUACAAUGAUACUCCCAUCAUUCCUUGUGGUGCAAUUGCCAACAGCAUAUUCAAUGAUACCAUAACUCUUUCAUACAGCGUGAAUUCGUCUACACAGAUAGAAGUCCCGAUGCUAAAGAGUGGGCUUACAUGGUGGACAGAUAAGUAUGUCAAAUUUCGGAAUCCGAGAUCCAGUAACUUUACUAGUACAUUUGCAGGAAGCACAAAGCCUCUGCACUGGGCCAAACCUAUCUACGAACUGGAUCUAGAUGACCCAGGAAACAAUGGCUUCAUCAAUGAGGACUUCAUUGUAUGGAUGCGGACGGCUGCCUUUCCCACUUUCAAAAAACUGUACCGCCGACUCAACCGCGUGGACUCCUUCGCUGAAGGCUUACCUGCUGGUAACUACAGUUUGAGCGUCUCCUACAAUUUUCCAGUAACCAUGUUCAAAGGAAAAAAGUCUGUUGUUCUUUCUACCCUGACAUGGAUCGGGGGAGGAGGCCUUUUCUUGGGGCUUACUUAUACAGUGACGGGGGCAUUGACGCUAUUGGCCUCUUUUAUCAUCUUGACGAUUCACUUGACAAUGAAAAGGAGUAAAUUGUGUUUCCAGUAG